AUGGGAACUGAUAAGGAUUUGAUUGGGUCGCAGUGUAGGAGAACACAGUCGUUAAACUGUCAAAGCGAAGGUUCUCCAUCGAGAGACGCACUGGUAAUAUAUCUAGAAAAUGAGAAAAGUGAACAAGAUCGUUUGAUCGUUGCUAUAGUCAAAGAAUUAGAAGAUUUGAAAGAGAUACGAAAUGAUGCAUUCCAACGGUUACAUGAAAAAGUCGACGAUUUGGAAUUAUAUUUGAACAAAAAGCAACAGGAACUAAUAGAAAUUGGAUCAAACAAUGGCGACAUUGAAUAUAAAACAUUUAAAUGGUCAGCAAAAGAUUUGGCAGAGAAUAUUUUUGAUUUGGAAAACGGUCAUUUGAAUGAUCUCGCUGAACCAAAAGAUAAGAAUGAUUGGACUCUUACGGAAAAUCUGAAGAAAAGGAUGAAAGAACUGGAGAAUGCUACACAGAGGCUUACAAAUGAGAAGAAGAUAGCAGUAACGAAACUUCACGAAAUUGAACAACUUGAACUCAAUGUGGAAGAAUUGAAGAAAGAAGUGUCAAUGAAGGAUCAACAGAUAAUAAAACUGGAAAAAGAUUUCAAUGAUAAGCAAAAUGAAUUUAAGUUGAGAAUAGAGGAACUACUGGGUGAAGUGAAUGAAGCAAAACGGAAUGCCGUAAUUAACGAACAGAUGAAGAAUGAUGUAGAAUGGUGUUUGGGUGAACAUCGUCAAUGGCUUGCGGAUGCUAACAAUAAGAUUGAUGAACUUGAAAAUAAACUUGAAGCAAUCGGUUGUGAAAAUAAUAACUUAAGAGAAGAAAUUGAAAAAUUGACCGGAAAUAUUAGAGCAUCGAUGGAAGCUAUAGAAGGCUUACAGAAAGAGAUUAAUAACAAAAACGAACAAAUUAACUGUAUUACAAAACAGAAAAAUGAUGCUGAAUGGAAUUUUAAUGAUAAACAGCAAUUGUUAGAAGAUGCUAAUAAUAGGAUCAGCGAGUUGGAAUCUGUUUUGAUUGAAAAAGACAAUUCUAUUGAAGAGUUGAAGAAAUGCAAUGAGGAAUGCUUUGACGAACAAGCAGCUUUGCACAAAAAACUUCUAUCUUCCGAGAAAGCGCUCAGUGAAGCUCCAAACCGAAAUAAAUUGAAUGAGCUUAGCUCUGUGGUUGAUUGCUUGCAAAACGAACUAAACGGCAAAAAUGAAUAUAUCAAAACUUUAACAAAACAAUGUAAUGAUGCGGAAUGGAAUUUGGGCGAACACCGCCAAUGGCUUCAUGAUUCUAAUAUUAGGAUACAAGAUCUGGAGAAAGAGUUAUGUAAAAGAAACGAUUAUGUCGAGCAAUUGAGGCAAGAAAUUGGGAAUCGAAAUGCUGAUAUUAGCAGCAAUCUUGUAACAAUCGAUGCUUUAAAUAGUGAACUUACCGACAAAAACUUAUGCAUUGAAAAUGUUGAGAAAGCAAAAAAUGACGCUGAGUGGAGUCUUGGAGAACAUCGACAGUGGCUUCAAAAUGCUAAUGAUAGAAUCGAUGAGUUAAUUCAUUCCAUGGAAGAAAAAGACCGAAAGAUUGCUGAAUUGCAAAAGUCUCUCGAAGAUGCCUUACUGCUAGGAACUGUUCAAAAGGAGUCUUUGGAACACCUUACAUCGAAGUUGCAUGAAAUCGAAGAAACAUUGGCGAAAGCACCUAAAUCAAAUGAAUUGAGUACUUUGGUAUCAACAACUGAGGACAUUCGGAGGGAAAUAGACAUCAAAAAUAUUUACAUCAAUGAUUUGGAAAAGCAACGAAAUGAUCUGGAAUGGAGCCUUGGAGAGCAUCGUCAAUGGCUUGAGAAUGCUAAUGAAAGAAUUGCUGAACUUGAAAAAUGUGAAGAAGGAAAAGAUAAUAUAAUCAAAGAAUUGCGUAGUGAUAUUGAUGAAUUGUCGAAAAAGGUCGUUCUGGAUCUUAAGGCAGCCCUUGAAGCUGUAAAAAAUGAAGCGCAACUGGAAAAAACGGAACAGAUAUCAAUUGAACAAUUGAUGGCUAAACUUCACAAUGCUGAACAAGCAUUAGCUGAAAACCCGAAAUUGGAUGAUUUAACCUCUCUGAAAAAUGAAAAUGAAAAUCUGAGAGAAAUUUUGAAAGACAAAGAUGCACGUAUUGACGAUCUCACGCAGCAAAUGAAUGAUCGAGAAUGGAGUCUUGGUGAGCAUCGACAAUGGCUUCGAGAUUGCAACGACAGAGCAAAUUGGUUAGAUAGCAUUGUUAUGGCGAAGAAUGGCGAAAUUGAUGGAUUGCGUUGCGAAAAUGAUCGUCUCAAAUCUGAUUUAGCUAAAAUAUCACAAAAUGCUGACAUUAACAAUUUGAAUGCUGCAGUUGAGAAUUUACACAACGAAAUUAAUAAAAAAAACAAUGACAUUGACGAAAUGAUGAAACAACGAAAUGAGACAGAACAGAAACUCGGAGAGCAUCGUCAAUGGCUUGAAGAUGCUAACAAAAGAGCCAAUGAAUUAGCUGGAAAAUUGACUGAAAAAGAAGAAGCUUUAAAUUUGAUAAUCGAAAAGCAUCCAGAAAUUGUAGAAGAACAUAAGAAAGUUGAUAUAACAUUGGUUGGAUCAAAACCAAUAGAAGUUGAUAAAAGCAAGCUAUAUGAAAAAAUAUUUGAAUUGGAAACGAAAUUGCUCGAAAUGGAGAAAGCAGCAGUUGAAAUUCAUAAUGAUAAUCAAUUAAAAGUUGAACAUGAAAUGUCAAUAGCUAAAUUACGAGAAAUUUUGGAUCAAAAAGAUGCUGAUCUCGAACAUAUCAGUAAGAAACGAUCAGAUGCUGAAUGGUUUCUCGGUGAAGAACGACAACGCUUAAAGGAUGCUAAUCAGCGAAUCGCUUUGCUCGAAGAAGAAUUGACGUGCGUGAAAAUAGAACAUGCCGACAUACUUCAUAAUUUGAGGAAUGAAACAUUCGAGUUGAGGGAAAAGAAUAAGAAAUUGAAAGAAACUCUGACUAAAACAGAAGUCAUAAUGAAAGAUCUAUCGAAAGAUGCAAAAAUGACAAUGCUUAUUUUGGGACAGACUGAAGAAUCGGGAAAUUUGGAAGAAGAAUUCAAACAGUUAUGCAAAAAAUAUGUGCAAUUAAGUUCUCUUCUUGCAACUAUUCAAGAUCAUUUGGCAAAAUUACAAAUAGAAGCUUCAGAAUUUAUAAAUUCCAAAGAAUUGUGGAAAGUAAUUGAAAAUUUAAACAACGAAUUGCAUCAACGUAGAGCGGAAAAUGGAAGUUUGCUGAAGCAGAAAACUGAUACGGAAUGGGAACUUGGAGAGCAUCGUGAAUGGCUUCGUAAUGCUAAUAAUCGGAUAACCGUUUUAGAGGAUGAAUUAGCACAUAUAAAAGAUGCAAAUGAAAAAGCACUUGAGGUUUUACAUGUUGAAAAUGAAACACUAAAUCAAAAAAAUGCACAAUUAAAAGAUGCUGUAAAACAUCUGCAAGAUGAAAUUCAAAAUUUGACGAUGGAUACAACGACAGAAAUUAAAAAGCAUAACUGUUGGGAAUGCAGGGAAGUUUCAGGAUUGAAUCGUGUUGAAAAUGUUGAUGAAGAGCUCAGCUCGAUAAAAUGUUUGUUGGAAAAUCUGUGUAAGGAAUUGAAUUAUCAGAAAAUUAUCGAUAAUCUUAUGGAGGAACGUAGCAAAGCUGAACAAAUGCUAAAAGAGCGAAAGGAAUCGAUCACUGAUGCUUACAAUAAAAUUGUUGAAUUAGAGAAACAAAUUCUGGAAAAUACGCUGGAGGAGCAAUCGGGAGUUACUGAAAGCGACUCUCAUGAAGAAAUUGAUGAAAUACAGCGACAAUUGAAUGAUAAAAACGCCGAAGUUGAAAAAUUGUUGACAUUGAAAUCUGAAUUAGAAAGAAACCUGGAAAAAGUCACCAUUAGGAACGAAGAGAUGUCGGCAUUGCUUGAUCAGAAAGAACAAACAAUUAAUGCGAUCAUUAAUGAAAAGAACUCAAUUGUAAUGGAACGUAAUUCUUUAGAACAACAGAUUGACAAUUUAAAACAGCAAUGCCGUACUCUUUCAUCUUUUGGGAUAGAGGGACAAAAUACGACCGAAUUAAUGGUUCGAUUAUGUGAGAAAGAAGAUUUGUUGCAACAAUUUACAACUGAGAUUGCUGAAAAGGUGCAAGAGAUUACAAAUCUGCAUAAUGUAAUCAAAGAUCUAAGAGAUGUGAAUAAUGAAAAGAAUCGAAUAAUUGAUGAUUUGAAUAGACUAACGAGUGAGAAGGAAUGGAAUCUCGGAGAGUAUCGGCAAUGGCUUUUAGAUGCUAACAAUAAAAUAGAUAAUCUUAAAAGAGAACUAAACGAUGUCCGACAGAGAGAGAAGUUAAGUAUGAUUGAGUUGGACAAAUUGACCAAUGAGAUAGAUGAGAAAAAUGGAAAAAUUUCGCAACUCCAUAACAAAAUAGCCAAAAUGGAGUCAGAUGCUAUUAAUGUCCAGUAUGGGAAAGAAAUGAUAUCGGAUGAGCAUUUCUCGUCAGAAUUAGUAGAAUUACGGGAGAAACUUUUACAUAUGGAAGAAUAUGUGCAAUUUCAAGAUGAGGAAUUGCGACAAUUGAGAAAGGAACAUACGCAAACGCUCACAAAUGAACAGCGUAACGUGUCACCGGAAAGUAUCGCUAUCCAAUCGCAUAUAAUUGAUAGCUCGAUGAUGUCAGAAGGAUAUCACGAAUUAUCCUCGGAGUUGAUUACUUUAAAUCGUAAAAAGUAUGAAUUGGAGGAGAAGUUGAAACGAGUGGAAAAUGAUUUACAAGAGUCACAUGAAAAAAUAAAAUGGCUUGAAAAUGAGCAACGUAAAACAGGUGAGGAAAUAUGGCUUGCUAAAGAACGUGUUGCAAAUCAGGAUUGUGAAUUACGUGAUUUACAUGGUCAGUGUUCGUGGUUACGUGAUGAAAAUGCACGUCUGCAAAAUGAAUUAGGAGAGGAGCGGAAAAAGAAUGUUGAAAAUGGUGGUAUUGAUUGGUGCAAAUUUGAUGAAAUGAAAAAUGAAAUGAAGCAAAUAGAGAAUACGUUAAGAGAUGAAAAGAGUAAGGUAGAAUGGCGAUUAGGUGAAGUGACACAAUAUUGGAAUGAUGCGAAAUGGAAAAUUGGUGAAUUAGAAGCUGGUAUGGCACAUAAGGAAUGGCUAUUGGAUCAAGCACAUCAAAAAAUACACGAAUUGGAUCAAAUGUGCCGUUUUCGUGAUACGACAAAAAGCGUCUUGGAUGGUGCAUUCCUGAUUAAGAAGCAACCGACUGGUGAUAGAUAUAAAUGGCGUCUGGCUAUGUGGCAAGUUAUCAUUUUAUCGAAUGAGAGUUCACCGGAUGAUCUGAAAGAUUACCGGCGAAUAUGGUUUGAAGUUAGAGCGCCAACAGCGAAAAUUGUUUUAUUAAGUGCAAGUUUCGUUAGUUGGGAAUGCUUUUUACUGUGUCAAAAGUUGGAUAAUGAUGGUGAUAAAUUCGGUGUUUGGGUUGAUAUACCACCGGGACGAUAUGAAUUUCUGUUCGUUGUGGAUGGACAAUGGGCAAUAAGUGACAGUUAUGAAACUUGUUGGAAUGAGCAUGGGACGCAUAAUAACUGCCGAUAUGUUGAUUAG